GUAUUUGCGAGGUGAAAUAUCACGGCGAUCUAUCUCGUUAGAUGAUCCCAAGUGGGCCGUCGUGCCGCUGCUGUGGAGAGAGUUUACCCGGAGGAAGGAACAAAUCUAAAUAUGGCUCCUCAUGACAGCAGUUCGUCGUCGCCCUAGCAUCAGAGCUGUUCCUUUCUCCCUCCCCGUACCGUCGUGUGGCGCUAUUCCUGUUUCCAAUCCCCAAUUCGAACGGCGAAACAUUGGACCAACAAAAGCGAAGUACGGAUUGGCCGCGAUACGAACAGAUCCUUUGGGCUUUGCGCGUGAUGCUACCGCGUUCUCACACGACCGCGACUGCGAGGUGGCAGUACAUCUUGAAUGGAUAUACUAGUUACUGGUAUGUCAAGUCUUGUCUUCGCUGGCUCGCUAUUGUCGGCGCUAUCGUUGGGUUCGCUAUCUUCGGGGUCGUGUAUCAUGAUUGGUAUGAUGGAUCAGCCGAGGAAAGAACUGUUCUUUCAAUCGUAUCUGUAAGACCAAAUUUCUGCUUUUCUGUUUGUAUCGAUUUUCUUGCAAAGGACUUGUUUGGCUUACUGUCAGUGAAACAUAGCGGCUUUUGUCUUGCGCAACCAGUGCCAUUGCCCUCACA